AUUUGGUGUUGAACGUUCAGCCGAGAUACACGGAACAGGGAGGGGAACGUGCGCAGCACGCUGGAAACAGGCACAGCCGACAUGCAGUCAAGUACUGCAAAGUGCCAAGCGCGGGACAGACUGGCUUCAGAAGACACCACUCCUCCUCUGUACGACACCAAACCUCCCCUGUCUUUGCGGCGCUUUCUCUCAUCCCAACCGAUAAUGUGAGACUCAGUCAGAAAGAUCUGUCAGAUGUUCACUCGAACCGUCGCUUUUCACGUUCGCAAUUCCGUUUUCAACACCGUCAGACAGCUUACGGUCAGACUACAGCUGGUCAUCUGCGAGACUACCUGGUGUGAGAUGCGGCAAUGUCCCGAGGAAUAUGCCCACGCGUCAACUCUUUUGACUCCGUCAGGAUUUUGGCGUUGGUCAUUUUUGCAGUGAACGCAAUCGAGGCGGAUAAGCACAGCUGUUAUGAAGUGAGAGCCGCUUUCCAGCAGCGAUACAUUGGACCGCUUCACCUGGUGCCGGAGAAACCAUACAAAGAUGCUGAUCUGCAGAUAUGUAAGCACCAAGGUCCAUCUUGCUGCAAUAAGAAGAUGGAGGAAAGCUACCAGACUGCUGUGAGAAGAGAAACCCUCCAAAAAAUUGAGUCCUACACCUAUGAACUGGAAAAUAUGCUGUCUAGUCAGUUAGACACCUUCCAGGACAUGUUUCAGUACCUCCUGUCAUUCUCUCAAGGUCACCUAAGUUCACUGUUGGAGGGAACCUACUCAUCCCUGUCCCGUCAGGCGUUACCCCAUGUGAAUCAACUGUUUUCUUCUCUCUCGCUAUACCUACGUGGAGCCAACAUUUCCGUUGAGAUGACCAUUCACAAGUUUUUUAACAACAUCUUCCCUCUCGUGUAUACACGACUUAUAAAUCCAGGCAUUGAAGAAAGUGUGACAACAAGCAGCACAAUGGGUGACUGUCUGCGUAUGAUCAGACAGGAUGUGAAGCCUUUCGGGAAUCAUCCUGUCACCGUGGCUCAGGAACUGGCUGAGGUGUUGGAGGCAGGCAGGCAACUGAGUCUCGCCUUGGAUAAAGGACUGGAGGUCAUUAACGCAACAGAACAUGCCAACCUUAGUAGAGAAUGUGUAAAAGGUCUUGCAAAGAUGGUGUACUGUUCCCACUGCAGAGGCUUGACAUUGAUCAAGCCCUGUGCUGGCUACUGCUUGAAUGUUAUGCGGGGCUGCUUAGCAAGUAUGGCAGAGCUCGAUCAGCCUUGGAGAACAUAUAUCAGCUUCUUGAAGAAACUAACUCUUGCGAUGGCUGGACACCACAGCCUGGAGCUGGCCAUGCUGGGUGUGAGAGGGCAUGUUAAUGAAGCAUUGCUCUAUGCACAGAGCCAUGGUCCACUCAUUACUGCUACGGUGGACAAGGUGUGUGGCCUGUCUACACGGGAACCCCCAGGCAUGUGGUCUGUGAGACCAGAGGUCACAACCUUAACUUCACCUUCUCCAUCUACCUCCUCCGCCUCCCAUAUUUUACCAGAAGAGAGACUAGCAAGGUUUGCCCACUUAAAAAGUCCAUUCCCUUUGAAGCCCUCCAAGAUCAAUAAUCCUAAUCUGAGAACACUCUCUCGGGAGUUCUUAGGGCAACUGCAGCGCUAUAAAUCCUUCUUCAAUGCAUUGCCAGAGAUGCUGUGUGAAGGGGAGUAUAUAGUGGACGACUCCACCUGCUGGGGCGGUGAUGGUGUCGUAGAAAGCUAUCUCGAUAGAAUCGUCAAAAAUGGUCUGCAUGCCCAGAGGCAAAACCCAGAGGUCAAAGUUCGCACCAUGGAUCCUACUAUUGCUGAAUUCAAGAAAAGGCUGGAGCACUUCAACCAGGAAACCCAGGAGAAGUUUCCAAAUCUUAAUGAAAUUGAGGUCUGGGAGGAAGUGGGCAGUGGGGAAGAGCAAGGAAGCACCGCAGACUGUGAUGAUGAAGAUGGUUGCCAAAGCUCAGGAGAUGGUGACGAACAAAACUAUAUUAUCAAUGGGAAGACAUCUGAUGGAGGAAAGCCUGGAGGUGACAACACUCAAGAAAGCCCCCCCAAACCUCCUGCUGUGAAGGUGGUCGGCGGGUCUCCACCUAUAAGCUGGCAGCAACCUUGGUGCCUUGUUCUGCUUUUUGCUGGACUUUGUUUGAAGUGGUUGGUGAUCUGAUGACAGGACUAUCUAAAAAAAAAAAAUCUCCUCAUCAUUGCCCCUGCAGGAACUUACAUGACAUUCAUAUCACAAAUAUGUUCCUUCCUCCCAUCAUCAUCCUGCACAGAUAGACGUCACUAACGGCGAUACAGAAAUGAAGAGUGGGUCAGUGUGUGGACAACAGUGUGAGUUCAUAAUGAGUGGGCAAAUGCAGGGUCUUGUCCCACAGGAUCUUUAUUGUGAAUGUUUAUAAAGACUGACCUUGCGGUUUCCACUAUACUGUUUGGUUUUAGAUAUUAUAAAAGAGGGCUGCAGCUCUUGCUUCACUUGCACAGACCUAACCUUUGUUAUUCAGAAAGGGGUUGAAUCAUUCUUAAGGAGGUUUACAACUGUAAACACUUAGUUACAAACAUAAAUCAAGUAACAUGUAGCAGAUGUCUUCUAAUUCUACCGCUGAUUUUACUUAUCAUCCAAGCUAUGAACCUUUUUACAGCACUGUACUAAUGCCAAACUGGUGGAUUCUGUUCUUUUAUAAAUGUAACUCAUUUCUUCUUUGGAAUUAAGGAAUGCAUGAAAAAUUGAUAGAUCCAUCCCAGGUGUCUGGCCCAAAACAGCAGAUUUGACAUGCUCUAAUGACUGUGUACCUUGCAGGGAUUAGAAUGUAAUGAGUUCACAGGUACAUCACAAGCUCCUUUGCACGGCUGAACAUAUUGAGCAGACAAACUAGGUGUGAAUACUGUAGCAAGCAAUUGUAUAUAGGUACAGAGGUUUGAGUUAAUGUAUGACAUGAGCUGAAUGGAAUGUUAAUUUGUUUUCUUUCAUGAAUCGGCUAUGCUUGUCAGCUCUAUGAAAGUCAAAAUUGUUUUAAUGUCAAAAAUAAAAGGGAAAAUAUCCAUAAUUUACCACAUGAAGUAAUUAAAGAAUGGAAAGUUUUAAAAUUUUCCACAAAGGUUACAUAAUGUUGGCUCUACUAAUAUUUAUUGUGCAUCCUGGUUUGUGUGUUUGCUUAAUGAAUUGCACAUUAUUGCACAUAUGAAAUGCAAAAUUUCUAAAUUGUUCUGGCCCUUUCUAGCAGAGUCUCAGCUCCUUUUUUUUACCUCUCUCCUUUAAAAUUCUAUUUGCUUUUUUUUUUUCUACUGCAAGCAGAUACUGUUUAAUGAGAAAACAAUACAGUAUCUCUACAAUUUACAUGACCCCCUCCUCCUCUACUUUUCCACAAAUUCCAAAAUUUCUAAAUGUGUUUCAAUCAUACUGUGUUGGAACACUCCAAAAAACACAAAUUGUUUUUUGUUGUUUCAUAAUUGUUCAGAUUUGAAUUCCUUUGAAUGCCAGUUUUCUUUCUAUGCAGACAAACUUGAUGCAUUGACUGGCACUGACACAGAGUAAUAAGGUUUGAAUCAAAUACUUACCUACAACGUAUAAACGCUUACAUAUCAAUCGUUUAAAAUUAGAUAGAAUUUUACCUAUUUAUUUAAUUUCACUUUGGGAUCAAUAAAAUAUUUUUAAGAUAAUGUUCAGAUAAUGCCUUAAAAUAUAUCCACAGGUGUGCUUCUGUUUCCUCAGAUGUCAGGAAUUAACCUUUUAGAAUCUUAGUGCAUGUUCUGUGAAAAUAUUCCAGCACUUAGCUAAAUAAAAUUAUUUUGCUAAUCAUAACUGUCCUAAUCAGAAAGGGAAUUUUUUUUAUCAUUUUAUACAAUGUAUGUGGAUUUCUUGUCCCAGCUGUAGCUAUCUGAGGUGGAUUAGAAAAGGCAUCAUACCUGACAAUGCAAAACUGAAGUGCAUAUUUAUAACAUCUCUGCAUUUACAUAAUGAAGUCUCAAUGUCAAAUUAGAACAAAGUGAAAAUAAUUGGGAAACUCUUAAGUUUUCAAAAGUUGAAUGUGUAACAUUUUGUGUGCUCUACUCACAAUUUCUUUGCUGUUCCAUGCCUUCAAAUGUGUAUAAAUGUACAUAGUUUUCAUCCUUUGCUUUGUGUUUCCAUUUGUCAUUUUUGUAUCAUUAAGAUACAAUGUAGUUGAGCUCUAUUAAAAGUGCUCUGCUCUUUC